AUGGAAGGCAGCCAGCUUCCCAGUGACGUCGUAUCGAGGGCUCGUCUGAUCCUCGACCACUGUCCCGGCCACAGCCUCGGGUCCAUAAACUUCGAUGGAAUUAGUAUUAUUCGUGAGCAUGUUGCCGAUUACAUCAGCGAACGGGACGGCGUCAAGGCUAACAUAAACGAUGUGUUCAUCUGUUCCGGAGUAACCCAUGGCACUGAGUUGGUGAUGAGCGCGUUGAACGAACCCUCAAAUGGAAAGCUACCCGGGGCAAUGACCUGCAUACCCCAGUUCAUGAGGUACCACGCUUUGUUCAGGGAUUUCGGCAUUCACAAGAUUGUUUACCAUCUCGACGAAGAUAAAGGGUGGUCUCAUAGCAUCUCCAGAAUGCAGAGUGCGCUCGAUGCGUCCCGUGCAUCUUGCGAACCGCGUUUUCUGCUCGUUGUCAAUCCUGCCAAUCCAACAGCUGCGGUCAUGUCCGAAAAAAUCAUCGAAGACAUCGUACGCUUUUCAUACCGAAACAACCUCAUCAUUCUAGCGGACGAGGUUUUUGAGCACAACGUCUACGUGGAGCGUGCUCCAUUUCACAGUUUUCGUAAGGUUAUGCACAAGAUGGGAGACCCCUGGUUCAACACGCAGCUCAUCACAUUUAAUUCAAUGUCGAAGGGAUUCAUGGCAGAAGCUGGCCUGUGUUGCGGCUACUUCGAGAUUGUCAACCUGAACAAGAAAGACAAAGCAAAACUACUUAAAGCUGGAGCUGAAGUGAAGGCAUCCAGUCUCGCGCAAGUGGCCCUCGACUGCCUCGUAAAACCUCCCAAGCCUGGUGAACCUUCCUACGAUCUAUAUCGCGAGGAAAAGCGUAUGACCCUAGAGGCCCUGAAGGAAAAAGCCGAGCUGGUGCACGACAGAUUAAACAGCAUCGAAGGGUUCUACUGCAGCCCGCUUCAGGGAGCAAUGGCUGCCUUUCCAAGAGUGUCACUACCCCAAAGAGCUAUCGACAAAGCAAAGCGCCUUGGUCAGGAUGCCAGCUAUUUCUAUGUGAGUCAACUGCUGGAAAACGCAGGUGUGUGUGUAUUGCCAGGCAGCUUGUUUGGACAAGUCCUGGGAACCUGUCAUUUCCGAGUCACCAUACUUCCACCAAUGGCAAAGCUCCAGGAUAUGCUUGACCGAAUCAAGGACUUCCACGAAGAAUUCGCAAAUGAAUACAACUGA